GGUGACGGCGGGGCGGCGCCGCCGGGCCCGGGGGCUGCGGGCCCCCGCUGCGGGGCAGCGAGCAGCGGCCGUCGCCAUGGCAGCGUCGCGCAGGUGAAGGCGCGAGCGCCCCGACUUCGCGGCCCCGGCGCCGGGCCCGGCGCCCUCCCCGCCAUGGCGAGCCCGGCCGCCAGCCCCGACUCUUCCUCCCACGAAGCCCUUUCCUCCGUCAACUCGGCGCCGGCCUGUUCGCCCGCUUCCGACUCGGAGAACCUCAGCCCGGAUGAGCUGGAGCUGCUGGCCAAGCUGGAGGAGCAAAACAGGCUCCUGGAAGCCGACUCCAAGUCCAUGCGCUCCAUGAACGGCUCGCGGAGGAACAGCGGCUCCUCGCUGGUCUCCAGCUCGUCGGCCUCCUCCAACCUGAGCCACCUCGAGGAGGACACGUGGAUCCUCUGGGGCCGCAUCGUCAACGAGUGGGACGAGUGGCGGAAGAAGAAGGAGAAGCUGCUGAAGGAGCUCAUCCGGAAAGGGAUCCCGCACCACUUCCGCGCAAUCGUCUGGCAGCUGCUCUGCAGCGCUACCGACAUGCCCGUCAAGAACCAGUACUCGGAGCUGCUCAAGAUGUCCUCGCCCUGCGAGAAGCUCAUCCGCAGGGACAUCGCCCGCACCUACCCCGAGCACGAGUUCUUCAAGGGCCAGGACAGCCUCGGCCAGGAGGUGCUCUUCAACGUCAUGAAGGCUUAUUCCCUGGUGGACCGGGAGGUCGGAUACUGCCAGGGCAGCGCCUUCAUCGUGGGCUUGCUGCUCAUGCAGAUGCCCGAGGAGGAGGCUUUCUGCGUGUUCGUGCGGCUGAUGCAGGAGUAUCGCUUGCGGGAGCUCUUCAAGCCCAGCAUGGCCGAGCUGGGGCUCUGCAUCUACCAAUUCGAGUACAUGCUGCAGGAGCAGUUGCCGGAGCUGAACAUCCACUUCCGUUCGCAGAGCUUCCUCACCUCCAUGUACGCCUCGUCCUGGUUCCUCACCCUCUUCCUCACCACCUUCCCCUUGCCGGUGGCCACGCGGGUCUUCGACAUCUUCAUGUACGAGGGGCUGGAGAUCAUCUUCCGCGUGGGCAUGGCCCUCCUGCAGUUCAACCAGGCCGAGCUCAUCCAGCUGGACAUGGAGGGGAUGUCGCAGUACUUCCAGAAGGUGAUUCCCCACCAGUUCGACAGCUGCCCGGACAAGCUCAUCUUGAAAGCCUACCAGGUCAAAUACAACCCCAAAAAGAUGAAGCGACUGGAGAAGGAGUACGCCGCCAUCAAGAACAAGGAGAUGGAGGAGCAGAUCGAGAUCAAGCGGCUCAGGACGGAGAACCGCCUGCUGAAGCAACGCAUCGAGACACUGGAGAAGGAGAGCGCUGCCUUGGCAGACAGGCUCAUCCAGGGCCAGGUGACGCGAGCGCAGGAGGCGGAGGAGAACUACAUCAUCAAGCGGGAGCUGGCGGUGGUGAAGCAGCAGUGCAGCUCGGCCACGGAGAACCUGCAGCGAGCCCAGAGCACCAUCCGCGAGCUGCAGGACCAGCAGGGCAACCCACGCUUCACGGAGGAGUUCGUCACACACCUGGAGACGGAGCUGGAGCAGUCACGGCUGCGGGAAACCGAAACCCUCAGCGCCCUCAAAGAGAUGCAGGACAAAGUGCUGGACAUGGAGAAGAGGAACAGCCUGCUCCCGGACGAGAACAACGUGGCCCGCUUGCAGGAGGAGCUCAAGGCGCUGAAGGUGCGCGAGGCCGAGGCCGUGAAGUCGCUGAAGGAGCUGCAGCAGCAGGUCAAGGAUCUCAACGACACCUGGCAGGCUCAGCUGGCGCGAGCCAGCGGGCGCUGGAAGGACUCUCCCCGCAAGAACAACAUCAACGAGCUGCAGGACGAGCUGAUGACGGCGCGCCUGCGGGAGACGCAGGCCCAGGCCGAGCUGCGCGAGCUGCGGCAGCGGGUGGUGGAGCUGGAAACCCAGGACCAGAUCCACAGCAACCUACUGAAUCGGACGGAGCAGGAGUGUACGGGGCUGCAGGAGAAGCUGCAGUACGUCAUGGCCCAGAACAAGGGGCUCCAGACCCAGCUGAGCGAGACCAAGCGCAAACACGCCGAGUCUGAGUGCAAGAGCAAGGAGGAGGUGAUGGCGGUGCGGCUGCGCGAGGCUGACAGCAUGGCGGCCGUGGCUGAGAUGCGGCAGCGCAUCGCGGAGCUGGAGAUCCAGAGGGAAGAGGGCAUGAUCCAGGGCCAGCUCAACAACUCGGACGCCUCGCAGUACAUCCGCGAGCUCAAGGACCACAUCGACGAGCUCAAGGCCGAGAUCCGGCUGCUGAAGGGCCCCAAGGCCUUCGGCGAGGCGCUGGGCUUCGACAGCAUCCACAUCGUGCGGCACCUGGCGGACGAGGACUCGCUGGCCUCGUCGGACGAGGAGCUGGCGCCGGCGCCCUUCGCCCUGCCGCCCCGCAGCUUCCUCCGCCCCGCCACCCACGCCAAGGAGAGCUCGGGCAGCACCGACAGUGAGGCCGAGGAGCCCCGGCCGCCCGCCGGGCCCCGCGCCGGCCCCCUGGCUCGCUGACGCGCCGGGGAACCGGCCGCAGGCCGGGGACGAGCCACGCGCCGGGACGAGCCGCUUGCCCGGGUGAGCCGUGCGCCGGGGACGGGCCCCUGCGCCAGCCUCCGCGCUGGCCGGGGACAAACGCGCGUGCUGAUGGCAGCGGCGAAGCCACGCUCCAGCGCUAAGGUUGAACCCAUGUUCCAACACUAAGGUUGAACCCAUGUUCUUCCUGGGAUUGACCCCCACGCUCUAACACUGGGGUUGACCCCAUGCACUAAGAUUGGGGGGUCAAACCCAUGUACCAUCUCGAGGUGGACCCACACUCCAACACUAGGGUUGAACCCUUGCACUGGCUGGAGUGGAACUUGUGCUCUAACGUUGGGGUUGACUCCCUUCUCUAACAUUGGGGGUCAAUCCCAUGCUCUGUCUGGGUUUGAACCCACACUCCUUAACAUUGGGGUUGAACCCAUGCACCAAUGCUGGGGUGGACCCACGCUUUGGCUGGGUUGAACCCAUUAAGCAGCUGGGGUUGGACCCAUGUGCCAACACGGGGGUUGACCCCACACUGUAACAUCAAGGUUGAACCCAUGCACUGCCUGGAGUUGAAUCCAUUCUCCAACAUUGGGACUGAAUCUCCAACAUCGAGGUUGAACUCAAAAUCAGGCUGGGGUUGAACCCGUGUUCUAAUGUUGCGGUUGCACCAAUGCGUCAACAUGGGGGUCGAAGCCCUGGACUAGGUGGAGUUGAAGCUAGGCACCUGCUGGUGUUGGAACUACGUGACAAUGUUGGGGUUGGACCCGAAGACUGGCUGGGAUUGACCCCACACUCCAAUGCUGAGGUUGAUCCCACAUUCUAACACUGGUGUCAAACAUGUCACAACUGGGGUUGAAAGACUUCUCCAGCACUGGGGUUGAACCCAUCCUCUGGUUGGAGUUGAACCCAAGCACCAGCUGGAGUUGGCCCCACACACUAAUAUUUGGGUUGAACCCAAGCUCUAACACUGGGGUUGAACCCAUGCACUGGCUGGGGGGGGUGGACCCACACUCUAACGCUGGGGUCAGAUCCCCACACUAACAUUCAGGUUGAUGCCACACGCGACACCGGGGUCAAACAACUCGUGUGCUGCCCGAGGUUGAACCCAUUCUCCAGCAUCAGGACUGAGCUCGUGCUCUGGCUGGGGUUGAAGCCAUGUCCUAACUUUGGGGUUGAACGAGGCAUCUGCUGGGGUUGGACCCAUGUGCCAAUGUUGCGCUUGGACCCAAAGGUGGGCGGGGGUUGACCCUCAUGCUCCAACACUGGGGUCAAACCCAUUUUCUGGCUGGGGUUGAACUCGUUCUCCAACAUCAGAGUUCAACCCAGGCACCAAAGUUGGGGUUGAACCCCCCCCCCCACCCUGGCCCAAGCUCCAACAUUGGCAUGAAGCCACAGUCUGCGAUUGGGGGCUGAACCCAAGGGCAAGCUGGGAUUGACUCGACUCCAACAUGGUUGAACGCUGGGACAUGGUGGGACUCCCGAAUGUGGCCAGACCCCCCUGGAGAGGCUUGGAGCCUGGACAUGGCUGGAACCCGAGAUGCAGCCUGGUCCCAGGACGUGCUCAGACCCAGGACACAGCCUGACUCUGAGGGUGGUGGACACAGCCCAAGCAUGGAGAGGGUCCAACUCCAGCUGCAGCCAGACCUCAGACACAACCAGAACUUGGGAUAUGGCUGGACCUUGGCCACGGCCAGGUCUCCCUGGAUGCAACCAGCUGCAGGACACGGCCGGCGUCCCAGACCCCGGGACACGGCUCAACCCAGGACACAGCGGGACGUGGCCAGAUCCUUGGAGGUGGCAAAACCCUGGCAUGAUCCGACUCUCGGCCACGGCCGGACGCCACGACGUGGCCUGACCCUGGGACACGGCUCAGCCUUGGACACGGAUGGACCAGAACCGGGACACGGUGGGACCCUGGACGUGGUCGGACCCGGGACGAAGGCGCCGCCGGGGACCCCACCCCCGUGCCCGGGUCCGUCCCUGACGUGCCCCUCCCGGAUCCGUCCCCGUCGCGGCCGCGUGUCCGUCCGUCCGUCGUCCCCCUCCCACCCCCGGCCACCGCGGUUCAGCCCCUGUACAGUGAAAUACAGACGGGCUGUGGGGGGGGUCCCCCGCGGCGCUCGAA